UGCCCCAAGUCCUGUUGCUGCCUGCCAUCUAUUAAUUCCUUUGCACACUGCUUCACUCUGCUUCACCUUCAGAGAAACAGAGCACUCUGUUUACCAUGCGAAACAGAGACCUUUCUACAGCCAUGGCGAUUAUGCUUCUUCGUACUCUAGCGUUUUUCACUCUGGCCGUUAACCUCGCAACCUGCCAAUCAUUUCUCGGCGUAAACUACGGCCAAGUCGCCGACAACCUCCCACCACCUUCAGCCACCGCAAAGCUACUACAGUCCACCUCAAUCCAAAAGGUCCGGCUGUACGGAUCCGACCCGGCCAUAAUCAAAGCUCUAGCGAACACGGGCGUCGGAAUUGUUAUCGGAGCGGCGAACGGCGACAUUCCAGGUCUUGCAUCCGACCAGAAUUUCGCCAAGAGCUGGGUCGACGCCAACGUGGCCCCGUUCUAUCCUGCAAGCAACAUCAUUCUCAUCACCGUCGGCAACGAAGUCUUGACCUCCGGCGACCAGGGCUUGAUUUCUCAGUUGGUUCCGGCGAUUCAGAAUGUCCAAAACGCUCUCGAUUCCGCAUCUUUGGGCGGGAAGAUUAAGGUCUCCACCGUCCAUUCCAUGGCGGUGCUUAAGCAAUCUGAACCGCCAUCUUCUGGAAGCUUCGACCCCGGUUUUGGCGACGUCAUGAAGUGGUUGCUCGCGUUUAACUCUGCCACCGGUUCGCCUUUCGCAAUCAACCCGUACCCCUACUUCGCGUACCGAAGCGACCCGAGACCGGAGACGCUAGCUUUUUGUCUGUUCCAACCGAACGGGGGCCGGUUCGACUCGAAAACAAAUAUUAAAUACAUGAACAUGUUCGAUGCUCAGGUGGAUGCAAUAAGAUCUGCAUUGGACUCAAUGGGAGCCAAGAAUGUGGAAAUUGUAGUGGCUGAGACUGGUUGGCCCUACAAAGGGGACAGCAAUGAGGUGGGUCCCAGUGUUGAGAACGCCAAAGCUUAUAACGGUAACUUGAUUGCACACCUUCGAUCAAUGGCUGGGACUCCAUUGAUGCCAGGGAAGUCAGUUGACACUUACCUCUUUGCACUGUACGAUGAGAACUUGAAGCCUGGCCCUGGUUCUGAGAGAGCUUUUGGUCUCUUCAAGCCUGACCUCACCAUGACUUAUGAUGUUGGCCUCUCCAAGACAAGACAGACCCCUUCCACGCCUUCCUCCACGCCGUCAACGCCUUCCACCUCGCCCUCCACGCCCUCUACAGUACCCAAAACGCCAGUUAAUCCAUCUGCGCCAAAGCCAAAGAAGGCAGCGUGGUGUUUGCCGAAGGCCGGAGUAUCAGAUUCCCAGUUGCAGGGCAAUAUAGAUUAUGUCUGUGGACAUGGUUUUGAUUGCAGCCCAAUUCAACAAGGCGGGGCUUGUUUUGAACCCAACACAGUACAAUCCCAUGCUGCUUAUGCCAUGAAUCUCCUCUAUCAAACUGCUGGUGAGGAUCCUCGGAAUUGCGAUUUCUUACAAACAGCUACACUCUCAUCCAAUAAUCCCAGCUAUGAUGGCUGCCACUACCCAGGUGGAAGUACCUAAAGAUAAAGGGACAGGGGGGCUUAUAUGUCACCAGAAUUACCAAAUAAAGGUUGGCAAUGGCAUGCAGGUGCUAAACCUGCAGGAAGUUGAGAAGAAUUUUCAGUGUUGUGGCUCUCCUUUUAUGUAUGCAUAGGAAUUAGGAUUCUUUGUGAAGAAAUGUUUUUAUAUUAUUUAGCUCAAGUUAGAAACUUUCCCCCCUUCAUGUAAAUUAUUUGUGAUUUUUCUGAGAAUGAGAGUGAGAGUGAGAGCUGCAGAGUUUUAUCUUUUAUGUUUAUAAGACUGAACUCUGUAUCUGAUUCUGAAUGCUUCCUUGGUUGUGAUUAUAAUAUUUCUUCCUAUAUAUUAUAAGAUAUGCUAUUUGAAA